AUGCUUUUCAAUUACCUGUUCGUAAUCGAGGUGCUGGGCGUGACAGCGGUGCUGGCAGGAGGGAGCGAAAUUGAAUUUGGAGGACGAAGCGAUCUGCGACUGAAAUACUCCGUCGAUGGGCCAGGGCACUACAACGGAAGCAACCAUAUUUGUCAAUUGCAUGCUCAAGCUGGCCAAAUAGCACUCUUGUCCCUCAAUCACCAGCGCCAUGACCAACACAACUAUGUACCGCUGGCUGAUUCUCUUCACACCUGCCCGAAGGUUUCCACGGAGCCUAUAAAAUGGCCAGCCGGUGCCGAGAAUUCCUCGACGCACAUCCCCCUAUGUACAAGGUUACCAGAAUCCUAUGAUACGCCAACUAGAACGUCUUGGGGAGCGGAAUCACUGCUUGCAGAGCAAGGAGAACCAUACUGUCUCUUCACAUCCACCUCCUUUUAUGACGGAAGAGGCAUCUCCGUCCUAACGAAACCAUCCAUUGCAAGACAAAUCAUGUCGAUGCCAGUGUUCAAUUUGGGAGCCGCCCCAAAACUAUUUCAAAGCGCACCCCCGCCAUUUGAGAUUAAAUACGUUCAAGGGAAGGGGAUGGGCGUCAUCGCAAACAGAACUAUCUUCCGCGGCGAGCGUCUUUUCGCCCGUCCAAUCGUUGGCAUAUUCCAUAAUGAUGCAUUUUUGGAUAUGGAGAUGGAAGAGUAUGAGUUGAGGACGACAUUGAUCGAGCGAGGGGUGGAUCAACUACCAGACGAUGCCAGGGAGCGGGUGAAUGCAAUGAUUGGGAAGGCAGGAGCGAAAAAUGACCUUGUAGGGAAGCUGGAUGUGAAUGCAUUUGCAGAGGAUUUCGGAGGCGAGGAGCAUAGCAUUGUAGUGCCAGAGACAGCGAGGAUGAAUCAUGAUUGCAGGCCGAAUACGAUGUAUUACUUUGACUCGGAAACCCUCGUCCAUUAUACGCAUGCAUCGCGCACAAUAAACGCGGGAGAAGAGAUCACAGUCACUUAUAUUGAUCCUCUAGAAUCACGAGCAGAUCGGCAAGUGCGGAUACAAAAUUCAUGGGGCUUUGAGUGCACUUGCUCUCACUGCUCACAAACACCGCUCCUGACUGAUGCAUCAGACGGUCGAAUCUCUACCAUUAAUCGGAUCUGGGACCAGCUACGCAUAAAUUUUAGUGGUGAAAAGAAGGAUGGUGAGGUCCCGGAGGUUGAAAUGAUAGAGACGAUGGUAAGUAUGUAUGAGCAAGAGAGAUUGUACGCCCAUAUUUCCGAUGUGUGGGUGUGGGCUGCGAAAGCGUACAAGAAAGCGGGCAAGAAGUGGGAAGCUCUGAGAUGGGCUUACCAGGCAGAAGAGGGUGUCCUGCUAUAUGACGGGCCGAGGAACCCAGAUCUAGAGAGAAUGGGGGAUAUUAUUUAUGAAAUGAGUAUAGAGUUGGGGUUGGAAGAAGAAGAUAAUGACGAUGACAAUUAA